AGUAGAGUUGACCUGCGCUAGCUCGGCUGCAGCGGCUCAACUCAGCCGGGACGACGACAUGGCCAAUAUUUGCAUGCACACGCUCAUCUUGAAGCUGCAAGACGUGAACGCGGUGAAGUUCGGGGAGUAUAAGCUCAAGAGCGGCUUGAUGACACCCAUUUACAUCGACCUGAGGGUGCUCGUGUCCCACCCUGCGCUCUUGAACCAGGUGUCAAAGCUCAUUUACCAGAGAGCUCAGGAUGAGGGUCUCCAGUUUGACUUGGUGUGUGGUGUUCCAUACACGGCCUUGCCCAUAGCCACCAUUAUCUGCUCCACACACGGGCUGCCCAUGCUCAUCAGGCGCAAGGAGGCCAAAGACUAUGGAACCAAGCGUCUGGUGGAGGGCUCUUUUAAAGAGGGAGAUACGUGCCUCAUCAUUGAAGACACUGUGACCAGCGGGUCUAGCAUUUUGGAAACUGCUGAAGUGAUGUACAAAGAAGGACUGAAGGUGACAGAUGCCAUUGUGCUGAUGGAUAGAGAGCAAGGCGCAGUGGACAUGCUGGCUUCCAAGGGCAUCAGGCUGCAUCCGAUCAUCUCCAUGUUCAAGCUGCUCGAUGUGCUCAAGGCUUCCGAACGCAUCGACGCGAGCACGGCCCAGAGAGUACACAAGUUCAUCGUGGAUAAUAACACUUUCAGACCCAAGGAGAAGAAUGGCGAUGACGUCCCGGCAUCUAAGAAGCAAUGUGUGGAACGCAACCUGGAGCUGACCUAUGAAGCAAGAGCCAAACUACCAGAUGUUCAUCCUCUGGUGUCAAAGCUGCUGACAGUCAUGGCGGAAAAGCAGUGCAACCUUUGUGUGUCUGCGGACGUCACGAGCAGUGAGGAGCUGCUCCAGCUGGCAGACACUCUCGGUCCCAAGAUUUGCUUACUAAAGACCCACGUGGAUAUAUUGAAGGACUACACUAAGGCCUUCAGCAAGAAGCUGCAGGAUGUCGCUGAGAAGCACAACUUCCUCAUCUUUGAGGAUCGCAAGUUUGCUGACAUUGGGAAUACGGUCAAGCAUCAAUAUGAAGGUGGUUUGUACCAGAUCUCGUCGUGGGCCCACAUAGUGAACGCUCAUGCGGUGCCGGGACACGGCGUCGUGAGCGGCCUGGCUUCUGUCGGAAGACCUCUGGGCCGAGGCUGUCUGCUCAUUGCGCAGAUGAGCUCGCAGGGCUCACUGGCGACUGGGGAGUACACCAAGGCUGUGGUGAAAAUGGCUGAGGAGCAUUCCCCCUUUGUCAUUGGCUUUAUCUGCGGUUCGAAGAUCACUAAGCGGCCCGAGUUCAUCCACAUGACCCCUGGGGUACAAAUGCAGGCUGGAGGAGACGUGUUGGGCCAGCAGUACACCACUCCGGAGGAAGUCAUCUACAACAAGGGCUCUGAUGUCAUCAUUGUUGGACGCGGGAUCCUGGAAGCGACAGAUAGGUUGGACGCUGCCGAGGCUUACAGGAAGUCUGGCUGGGAGGCGUACACGCGGCGGAUGGGGCAGAGUGGCCAAUAGGAGCUCCACAGAAACAUUUGGACCUGGAUUUAAUAUAUAUAUAUAUAUUUUUUUUUGUUUGUUUUUUGUUUGUUUGUAUCAGCAAAUCACAGAUUCAAAUACACAUCAACUUCCUACAAUCAACAUAGGUGGUAAAUGCACAGAAGUAGUUGAUAUUUGCUAAAAGCUGCAAUUCUAAAUCUCCUCGUUUUUGCUACAUUUAAGUUUCACUACUUUUUCAGUAUUUCUUUGAACUGAUAUUUUUUCUUUUUCCUUACAUAUACCAUUAGUUUUAUUAAUUGUGCUGUUUAUUUUUUAUUUUUUGGACAUACUGUAUGUACUGAGGGAACACUUUACAUGCACAAUUGUCUUUGCUAAAUAAAAAAUAAUGAGGUUUGCAUAUUUGUUGUAGAAUAUAUAUUUGAGCCAGCUCCAAUCAUUUACCAGUCAAAGAGAUCCAAAUAUAGUCACCGAUUACUCUGAAUUAGAUGAGGGAAAUGUACUCCUAUAAAUGUUAUC